AUGAGUUAUACCCUUCGAUUCAAUGACGUUCUCGACCCUGAGAAGCUACACAGCUCCCUGGUCGAACUGUUGAAGAUAGGAGAUUGGAAGAAGCUUGGCGGCCGGCUUCGUCGAAAUGAAAGUGGAGAUAUUGUGAUUCGUGUCCCAGAAACCUAUGAUCCCGAGCAUCCUGCGGUACGAUAUUCUCAUGUUCAGUUUGAUAUUGGGAUAGAGGAGCACCCGUUAGCAUGUCGCUUGCCCAAGCAAACCGGUCCAUAUCCCUCCGCCCAGGAAGGGUACCUCUCAUUUCGCUCUUUCAGUGUGCCCGAGGAUUGGCGUGACGAGCUUAAGCAUUAUUACACUUCCGAUAAGCCGCUCAUCUCUCUUCGGGUAGUCUCCUUCACAGACGCGACCCUUGUAGCCAUCACAUCCCCGCACCUGGUAUGCGACGCCAUCGCAAUGGCCGACUUACUGAAGGCCUGGUCAAUCGUGCUCGCCGGUCGGAUCGACUGUGUCCCGACCUUACUCGGGGCCAGUCGAGAUGUGAUCGAAAGCGUGGGCACCUCGUCGGAUAAAGAGGCCGGAAACCCAUAUUUCCUGGAACACCGGCAAAUCAAAGGCUUCUCUCUGCUAGUUUUUAUUGUCCGGUUUGUGUGGGAUGUUUUGAUCAGACGAAAUGUACGGCCUGGUACAAUCUAUCUUCCGGCGAGCUUUGUGCGCAAGCUCCGUCAAGAGGCACAAGAGCAGCUGGCAGCCAAGGCACAGAUCGUCUCCGAUCUGUUUCUCAGUGAUGGUGACCUGAUCACUGCCUGGGGCUCUCAUAUGGUCCUGUCAUGCUCUCCGCGCAAGCCUGCUAUCAUCUGCAACGUCUUUGAGCUGCGCAGUCGGCUCGACGGCGUGUUUAGUCCUGGCGGGACGUAUUUGCAAAACCUCGUUCUCCCGGUCUUCUCUCUGCUAUCGGCAGAGGAAAUGGCAACCAUGUCAGUCGGCCAUAUUGCCCUGAAGAUCCGGCAGGCGAUUGUUGAACAAGCUACCGGUGCGCAAGCUCGCAGGCUGAUGAGAGUCAUGCGCGCAGCAAUCGCAUCGACGGGUCUCAUGCCCCUUUUUGGAGAUUCGGCCUCCCAAGUUAUCGCGUGGUCGAAUUGGUCAAAGGCUAGGAUCCAGAAUCGAGCAUCCCUCAUCGUCAGUUUCGCCAGCAUGAUGGUCUCUAGAGUCCCUUUCCAGCUCUCAGGCCGGUAUGCCGAGCGAAACCGGUGGGAAGUUCUCAACGGCCCCGGCGACUCGCGUGCAACGGGGAAUGAAAUCAUCCAAGACGAAGGACUAGUGAGUCAAUGGGGCGACAAGGUUGUUCUGAUUACCGGUGUGUCCUCGGGAAUCGGGGUUGAGACUGUGCGCGUCCUGGCACGCACUGGAGCGACGAUAUUUGGCACAGCCCGGAAUCUCGACAAGGCGAAGGAGGCCCUGGGGGAUCUGCUUGAUACUGGACGGGUCAAGCUUCUGUUUAUGGACCAGACGGACCUUUCCAGUGUUCGGGCGUGUGCUGAGGAGUUUCUCAAACAGAGCUCGAAGCUCAAUAUUCUCAUCAACAACGCUGCGGUGAUGAACACCCCAGAGAGCCGUACCAAAGACGGCUUUGAGCUACAGUUUGGGACGAACCACCUGUCUCACUUCCUGCUCUUCUAUCUACUGAGGGAGGCUCUACUGGAAACCGCCCGUUGCACGCCCACCUUCCACUCUCGUGUUGUCAGCGUUUCCUCGGCCGGCCACCGUUACAGUCCUAUUCCUCUGGACAAUGUCAACUUUGAAGGAAACUACAAUGGUUGGCUAGCGUACGGAUCCAGCAAGACGGCCAAUAUCUAUAUGACCAACCAGAUCGAGCGGUUGUAUGGAGCACAAGGUCUUCACGGCUACAGCGUGCAUCCGGGGGCCUUCGUUAGCCCCAACCUCCAAAAACAUUCCCAGGAAGAAAUGAAAGCGGUGCUGGAGGACAAGCGCGCUCUAGCAUAUCUGGCUAGUCUCGACCAGGCCUGCGCAACGACCGUCUAUGGCGCCGUCUCGAGCGAACUGGAAGGGAAAGGCGGACUCUAUCUGGAAGGAGCAUCCGUGGCAAUCCAUCCGGCUCCUUCGGACGGCGAUGCCAUGGAAUAUGGAUAUGGCAGUUGGGCAUUUGAUGAGGCCAAGGAGGUGGAAUUGUGGAAGUUGAGCAAAGUCUGGGCAGGAGUAGAAUAA